AGGGCCUGCCUCUCUCACUUCCACCCUAUUGUAAUUUCAUCCCCGGGCCGGUCGAGCCUCCCUCCCUCCGGCGGCCAGCCCGUCCCUCCCCGUCGGCCUCCUCCGGCGCCCCCGCCCCCUAGAAAAGCCCUGCUGCUCGAAGCCGCCUUCACUCCCGCACGCCGACCUCCCGGCUGCUGUCCUGCCUCCUUAAACUCCCCCCGCCGUUCCAGGUCCAGCCCCUUCAGCCUCCCACCUCCUCCCUCCUGCCCGGGGAUCCGCGGGGACCGCGUCCCCCACACCCCCUAGGAGACGCCCUUUCCCUGUGCGUCCGGGACUUGGCGAAACUUUGAAGGCGCCGGCGGCGAAAUGGAUUUAAUCCAAGGCAUCUUGCUCCGGCUCUUGCUCCUGGCUUCCAGCCUCCGGCCCGGCGCUGUGUCGCUGCGAUCGGCUCUCCGAAAACCAGGAAAAGUAGGGCCUCCUCAUGACAUCGUGCUGGGCGCGUUGAACUGUACAGCUUUCAGCAUCCAGUGGAAAAUGCCAAGGCAUCCUGGGAGCUUCAUCCUUGGGUACACUGUCUUUUACUCUGAGAUGGACGCAGAUAAGUCCUUGUGGGAGCAGUCACAUAGGGUGCCUCUCAGCCGGGUCACCCCCACAUUGGGACAACACGAUCAUCAGGUGGUUUUUGAGGAGGUGAUCGGAGAUUUGAAACCAGGCACUGAGUAUCGAGUGAGCAUAGCAGCUUACAGUCAGAGUGGUAAAGGACGACUUAGCUCUCCUCGGCAUGUUACUACUUUGUCCCAAGAUUUCUGCCUGCCUCCAGCAGCACCCCAGCAGCCACAUGUCAUUGUGGUUUCGGAUACUGAGGUGGCCCUAUCUUGGAAACCUGGAACGAGUGAAGGAAGCGCCCCUAUUCAAUACUACUCUGUGGAGUUCAUCAGGCCAGAUUUUGACAAGAGGUGGACCUUAAUCCAAGAGCAGAUCCAGAUGGACUCCAUGGUUAUCAAGGGCCUCCAUCCAGAUACCAACUACCAGUUUGCCGUGAGGGCAGUGAAUCUUCAUGGCCCCAGCCCCCGCAGCCGGCCCAGUGACACUGUCCGAACCCUCUGCCCUGAGGAAGCAGGAAGUGGCCACUUCGGACCCCGUUAUCACACCAACAUGGGAGCCAGUGAGGAUGAUGAUGGAUAUGAAGAUGACUUCGAUUUGGAUAUUUCUUUUGAAGAGGUUAAACCACUUCCUGCUGCCAAAGGAGGAAAUAAGAAAUUUGUGGCAGAAACCAAGAGGACAUCUAUAUCUAACCCAAAGACCAUUUCCAGGCUGGUCCCCCCGACCUCAGCAUCUCUCCCGACAACCACCGUGGCACCCCAUCCCACUCACAUGGAGCGGAAGGGGCAGAAUUCUGUGGCCAUACUGUCAAGGCUCUUUGAUAUGUCUUGUGAUGAAACCCUCUGCUCUGCGGACAGCUUCUGUGCCAAUGACUACACCUGGGGGGGCUCCCGAUGCCAUUGCAACUUGGGCAAAGGUGGUGAGAGCUGCUUAGAAGAUAUUGUUAUACAGUAUCCUCAGUUCUUUGGCCACUCCUAUGUAACCUUUGAACCUCUGAAGAAUUCCUAUCAGGCAUUCCAAAUUACUCUUGAAUUUAGGGCAGAGGCAGAAGAUGGCUUACUGCUCUACUGUGGAGAGAACGAACAUGGGAGAGGGGAUUUCAUGUCCCUGGCCAUCAUCCGACGCUCCCUCCAGUUUAGGUUUAACUGUGGAACUGGGGUUGCCAUCAUCAUAAGUGAGACCAAAAUCAAACUGGGGGCCUGGCACACAGUGAUGCUCUACAGAGACGGGCAGAAUGGGCUGCUGCAGCUGAACAACGGCACCCCAGUGACAGGCCAAUCCCAGGGCCAGUAUAGUAAAAUUACCUUCCGGACACCUCUCUAUCUUGGUGGUGCUCCCAGUGCUUACUGGUUGGUCAGAGCCACAGGGACAAACCGAGGCUUUCAAGGCUGUGUGCAAUCGCUUGCUGUUAAUGGGAGGAGAAUUGACACGAGGCCCUGGCCGCUGGGAAAAGCACUCAGCGGGGCUGAUGUGGGGGAGUGCAGCAGUGGAAUCUGCGAUGAGGCCUCGUGCAUCAAUGGUGGCACCUGCACAGCAAUCAAAGCCGACUCCUACAUUUGUCUCUGCCCCCUGGGGUUUAAAGGGCGACACUGUGAAGACGCUUUCACCUUGACCAUCCCUCAGUUCAGAGAGUCUCUGAGAUCCUAUGCAGCAACGCCCUGGCCCCUGGAGCCCCAGCAUUACCUCUCCUUUAUGGAGUUUGAGAUCACCUUUCGUCCGGACUCAGGAGAUGGCGUCCUCCUGUAUAGCUAUGACACAGGCAGCAAGGACUUCCUGUCCAUCAACAUGGCAGAGGGCCACGUGGAGUUCCGCUUUGACUGUGGCUCUGGGACCGGUGUUCUCAGGAGUGAAGAUCCUAUCACCCUAGGCCACUGGCAUGAGCUGCAUGUAUCUCGCACAGCAAAGAAUGGAAUCUUACAGGUGGAUAAGCAGAAGGUAGUAGAGGGAAUGGCAGAGGGAGGUUUCACACAGAUUAAGUGCAACACAGACAUUUUUAUUGGCGGAGUCCCUAAUUAUGAUGAUGUGAAGAAGAACUCGGGCAUCCUCAAACCGUUCAGUGGAAGCAUCCAGAAGAUCAUCCUGAAUGACCGAACUAUCCACGUGAAACAUGACUUCACGUCUGGCGUGAAUGUGGAGAAUGCGGCCCACCCCUGCGUGGGGGCUCCUUGUGCCCAUGGGGGCAGCUGCCGGCCCAGGAAGGAGGGAUAUGAGUGUGACUGCCCUUUGGGAUUUGAGGGGCAUCACUGUCAGAAAGCAAUCACAGAAGCCAUUGAGAUCCCUCAGUUUAUUGGCCGCAGCUACCUGACGUAUGACAAUCCAGAGAUCCUCAAGAGGGUGUCAGGAUCAAGAUCAAAUGUGUUCAUGAGGUUUAAGACCACUGCCAAGGAUGGGCUGUUGCUGUGGAGGGGAGACAGCCCCAUGAGACCCAACAGUGACUUCAUUUCCUUGGGCCUUCGGGAUGGAGUCCUGGUGUUCAGCUAUAACCUGGGCAGUGGUGCUAUAUCCAUCAUGGUGAAUGGCUCCUUCAAUGAUGGUCGGUGGCACCGAGUUAAGGCUGUUAGGGAUGGCCAGUCGGGAAAGAUAACUGUGGACGACUAUGGAGCCAGGACAGGCAAGUCACCAGGCAUGAUGAGACAGCUCAACAUCAAUGGAGCUCUGUAUGUGGGUGGGAUGAAGGAAAUUGCUCUGCACACCAACAGGCAAUAUAUGAGAGGUCUCGUGGGCUGCAUCUCACAUUUCACCCUGUCCACCGACUACCACAUUUCCCUUGUGGAAGAUGCCGUGGAUGGGAAAAACAUCAACACGUGUGGAGCCAAGUAACACCAGCUGGCCUCGCCCAAGGGACAGAGCCUUCUAUUCUGAGAAUCCUAGGGUUCCUGAGACCCUGCCUGAUGCUGUACCCAGAGGCCCAGGGACCAGGUGUGUUUCCUCUCAUCAAGGAGAAAGUACACCCUGAUGAAAAACUGAGAACCAAGACGGGAGUCCCUGGGUGGCCUUUCCUGCUGACACUCUGUGGGCCAAACCCAGCAGCAUGCUUUGUGUAGGAAGCAUAGGACUUUGUCCACUGAAUGUGUAGCAGCUGCCAGAGAUCACACAUCAAUGCAAAUUCCAGAGCCUGUCUAUUAUAGCUCAGUGACUGUGUUGUGAUUCAUAGCACAGAGGAGAGAGAGAGAGAGA